AUGGCGGCAGCGGCGACAGCGACAGCACAUACACAAGGCCAACCACACGACAGAAUAGAGACACCUUCCGGCAAUGGUCAUCCGGACGCUCCCUCAGCACCGAAGAUGUCUUCGCAAUCUGUAGACAUGGGCGCAUCCAUCACACAAAAGAUGCUCAGUGCUGUAACGGGAAGCGUCCUUACUUCUCUAUUAGUCACACCCCUGGACGUCGUCCGAGUACGACUUCAAACCCAACAGAGUCCGUCGUCCUUCUCCUCGACCCGCCUCCCCUCCUUCCUACACCUUCCACCCAACCUCGGCGUCACGGCAUGCUGUCGAGAGGUCUUCUGGGUGCAAAACCAUUCCCAAUUCUGCGUCGCACAUCCGGAGACUGCUGCCCUCUCCUCCUCUCCUGCCGUCAUAGAUGAACGAAUCAUCUCUGACUGUGCGGCAGAGGAAUCGCAACGACGCACCUUCAACUCCACCCUCGACGGCGUACGGAAGAUCGCGAGGAACGAAGGAAUAUGGACGCUAUGGAGAGGGUUGUCUCCGACGCUGGCUAUGGCUGUGCCGGCCAAUGUGAUUUACUUUGCCGGGUACGAUUGGUUGCGGACGAGUCAGCAUAGUCCGCUUGUGGGAAGGGUGAGCGAGACGUAUCAGCCGCUCGUAGCUGGUUCCACAGCUCGCGUCAUGGCUGCAAUUGCGGUGAAUCCAAUAGAAAUGCUCCGGACACGAAUGCAGGCCGCCAAAGCAGGUGACAGCAGCGUGAUGCGCGCAACCAUGACUGGUCUGAAGGAAAUGGUCGGCAACGAAGGCAUACAUACACUAUGGCGAGGCCUUACCUUAACACUCUGGCGCGACGUACCAUUCUCAGCUUUCUACUGGUGGGGCUACGAGUACGGUCGACGUAGACUGGACGAAGCCCGAGCACGUUCUUCAAACCUCCUCGCCCAAACCCACCAACCUAGCGAGCUCUCCCACACAGCUCUGCUAACGGACUCUUUCAUCGCCGGAGCCUCUUCAGGAGCAGUGGCAGCCUUCUUCACCACUCCCUUUGACGUGGGCAAGACGAGGCAGCAAACCGUGAUGCACGACCCGAAAGCACGAAUGAAGGAUCUACCCGAGACACGAGCGAUGCCGAGAUUUCUGUGGCAUAUCUACUGUAACGAGGGGAUGAAUGGUCUGUUCAAAGGCUGGGCGGCGAGAGUGUUGAAGGUGGCGCCUGCUUGCGCGAUCAUGAUUUCAAGUUAUGAGGUCGGGAAGAAGAUGGCGGCGGCUGCUAAUGAUAAGAGGGAGUCCGAGGCGUGA